AUGCAGAAUUCUAUUGCAGCCGCAAAUUUUCACCCUUUCGUCCUUUCUGAAGAGCUCCAAUUUAGUUUAACUCAAUUUGCAGACGAUACGGUAAGCUUGGGGGAUUCUAACAGAGAAAAUAUUUUGGAUGUUAAAGUGAUGCUUAGGGGUUUUGAGCUGCUGUCCGGGCUGAAGGUGAAUUUUUCAAAAAGCAAGGUAAUUGGUGUCAAUUUGGAUGAUGGAUUCCUUGAGGUUGCAUCAAACUUCCUCUCUUGUGCUACGACCAGCUUGCCGUUUAACUUCUUGGGAAUUCCCAUAGGAGCGAACCCGAGAAGGAAAAUCACAUGGGAGCCGUUGGUGACAAAGAUUAGAAACAAGCUUUCUUUGUGGAGAGGGAAGCACAUCUCAUUCGGCAGUAGAUUAACUUUGAUCAAUUCAGUCCUAAAUUCAAUACCGGUUUUCCUCUUUUCUUUCUACUGUGCGCCUAAAUUAGUCUUGCAAGAGAUCAUCAAUAUUCAAAGAGCUUUUUAUGGAAAGGGGAGGAACAAAAACGUAGAAUCAAUUGGGUUGCAUGGGCGGAUAUUUGUAAAUCAAAAGCAGAUGGUGGGUUGGGAAUCAAAGACUGUGAAGCUUUCAAUAUUGCUCUUCUAUCUAAAUGGGCUUGGAAAUUCUGUUCAAAUUCUUCGGAUAUGGGAGCAUCGAUUCUUACUUUCCGUUAUGGCGAUAUUAAGAGGAUUCUUCUUGAACCAUCGAGAUUCUCUACCUAUUUGCUGA